AUGAAGCGUGGUGUCAAGUCCAUUCGCCUUGAAGGAGGGCUGGAUGACCUACGGGCCAGCCUUUCGGGGCCAAUACGUCCUGCUACCAUGAGUGGUAUUGUGAAGUCAGUGGGGGCGAUUCGACAGGAGGCAGAGAACGCCCGAGAGGCUCGUCAAAAGGCUCUCCAUGGUACACUUUUCAUUGCCUACAAGAACACUAACAAACGGGCGCCGCCUGACGAAGGCUUCGAAGCCGAAGGCUCUCUAAGCUUCGGCGACGAGGACGCCUACAUCGCAGACAUUUCAGACGUUGAUGAGGACGGUUAUAUACACGGUGCCGGGGAGAUAGACGAGGGAAUUCAGGCUACACUCGAAGGGUCUUUCAUGAGUAUUGAUGCUCGUCGCGCUCACAAACGCCCCCGAACUCGCUACGAAAGGCACGAACACGCAGAUCGGGAGUGGAACCGUCAGCAUGAUGCCCUCGUUCAACAAUACCUCCACUGGAUAUCGGGCUCUCGGGACCAACCAUCGCUCGACGAGGACGCGUCAAUGCAUGCCUUCGCAAUUCGUGUCUUGUCGAUCAACAUGGUGCAACGGAAGGAUGAGCUCGCGAACGUCGUGCUCCUCCGCUACGGCUUGCUGGGUAACGCCCCCGAAGCCCCCGCGACCGCCAUCGACCUCCAUACUCUAGAGGUAUACCACCGCCUCCACCGACGACACUCCCGGCUUGGCAUCCAACCAUUCGUUCAGAUGCUAUGUGACCUAAACAACAUCAACUACUCUUCUUUCUUGCGGGAUUCUUUUUCGAGCACCUUUGACGUCUAUUUGCAUCUUCUUCGUACAGUCCACCAUCGCCUACAGUCCGAGAUGGGCCGGGAUAUCCCAAAUUGGCGCUCGCUACACAGUUGCCCAUGCUGUCAUUACAAGCUCAAUGGUGAAGUUCCGCUAUACCCCGCGGUGCAAUUCGCUUCGGACGGCAAUAACUCAGCACGCAGGAUGGAAUCUGCCGGCUCCGCCGAUCGAAGGGUCUUCAACAGCGAUUACUUCAUUUUGCGUGAAGACGUCGAUACGUACAAGGACGAAGUCCGCAGCUCAGCCCGAGGCCCGCGAAUUGAUCACGAUUACGACCCCAAUGACGACGUCGCUACCAACCGGCCGGGUCGCUGCACAUCAGACUUCCGCGCCAGCAGGCCCGAUGGGAGUAAGAGGGCUCUCGACAUAUACGAGAAUACGGGUAUGUUUGCAUCUGCAUGCCGGCAUGGCAUCAUGCAAAAAGUUUGUGAGAUGGUACGGAGUGGAGAGCUUGCCAAGUACGGCCUGGCGACCGUUGCGUACCUCUUGGACGUGCACGGGAACGACGUCGGCCUUGGACAAGACACGGGCUGUGCGUUCAGCAAAACCGUGGCAUCCAGCCGCCUCCUGGGCGAUAAGGCACGCGCACAGAAUCUCAUGAUCUGUGUGAAUGCUUUCCACGGGUACGCUCACAAUCGACUUUGCCAACUUAAUUUCCACCCCCUCUAUAUCCCCGGAUCCGGUCUCUCGGACCUCGAGCAGAUGGAACGUGUUUUCUCGUCUUCGAACAAUACCUCCCGUCUCAUCCGAUACGCAUCGGCAUUCCACUACAUGCAAACUCUCGACUUAUUCUUCCAGCAAUGGGAUGACGACCGCUAUUCUGAGCUCAGUGCCUUCUUGUACAGGAAAUACAAGCAAGCACUCAAGCUUAUUGCCGACAACGCCCCUCAAGUCCAAGCGUUAUGUCAGCGGCUAUCAAUUACGACUGCGGAGAUCGACACGUGGCCGGACCUUGAGCGCUCGUUCCUGGCGAACCUCAAGGAGGUACCGGACGAGCGCAAAGUUGCCGCCGAGUACAUUCGAGCUCUUGAAGCUCGCGACAAGGCCGACGUCGAGUGGCAAAAAGCAUCUUCACAGCCUUACCGACACACCAGCAACGCCGACCACGAAACACGUACCAGCGAGACCCUUGCAAUCAAGAAUGCGCAACGCAUCGCAUCCGAGGAGUAUCUUGUCCGCCAUCGCAACGUCGUCAACCUCGAAUCCCGGCUUGGCAUCGCUCAGUCGUGGUCUAAAUCAUCAGAAGAGUAUUGCACCGCUGCGACCUAUCUUCAACAUCAAGACUUCUAUCGUGCUUCGGACCGUCUUCAGCUCCUUGUAGUACAGCGUCUACAGGAGCUUUCAAAGGCUUGGGCAGGGGACACCGGAUACAAGCUACAGGGUUCGAUUGGCAAGGCCAUUGAGCGUCGUUCGGCUGCCGUCCGCACGGCUCUAAACACCUACAACCGUCUUGCCGCUAAGAUGGAUCCACCGGCGGCUCAGAUCCGGUGGCAAGACCUUGUUCAAUAUACUUACUUAUCGGAGCUUGAGAUACUGAAGCACUCCUACUUUCAGGCAGAUAUUCGCGAACAGGCAUGGGCCAAGCCGAUCAAUCGGGAUGUAGCCACGAAGUAUUUCAAGACUAAGCGUGCACACGAGGAGAUCACGCGCCUCAACGUUGAAGCACGCUGUCUUCGGACGUGGGCAGCCAAGGAAAACGCGGACAUCGAACGGCACACGAACCGACUCAAGGAGAGCAACCCUGCACUCGCAGCAGCGUUGUCGCAGCUGUAUGCUGCCCGCGUUCGUGCAAAUAAAGUUCAUCUUGCUCGUUUGGAUGAGCUUGAGCGACUCCCGGGGUACAGCGGGGCGAUGGCAAGCGAUGAGCAUGUAGAUGAUUCUCGGAAGGACACUUACUUGGAUAUUGAUUUAGAUGACGACAACGUCCGCGAGUCGAUGCACCAUCUUUCUACUUUUGUUGAGAACUUAGAUUAG